GAUUUCAAGCAUAUCCUUAUAAAAUAACUCCUUUCUUUGACAAGUUAUGAAGCGCUAAAUAAAUCCACGGUGGGAGGCAAUAUUAUUAACAGAAGAGCAAAACCGGUGCGCUGCUGGGAGCUUGUAAACAACAUGGAUGUGUUUUGUACAUAGUUUACUGUUUUCCUGACGAUUCAUCAAUUGAACUAGAUUGAUCGCUAUGGUUAACCAUUUCAUUAUCUGAAAUAUUGUAAUAUCUUUAAAAUUUGUGAAAGAUAAGUUUUGGAUCUAGACGUUUUUUAGCCGAAUUAAUUAAUUAAGUUAAUUAAAACGUGCUAGUUCUAGUCUGAAAGUAUUGGACAUUUUUACACAUGCCUGUUUGAUGUUGAGGAAAAUGUUUACAUAGGACUUAACUCUGUUUGUUUUCUUCAUAAAUAGCUGUCAAAGUGGAAAACUAAUUAUGAAAUGUGAGCUUCUGAAAGAUGAUCAAUUGGAUCCAAGCCUGAUACCAUGUGAGAUGAAUGAUCCUGGAUUACCUCCUAGACCACGAAGCUUAAAUUUACUGGAAUCCCUCGUCAAAGAAGAAGAGGCCAAAGACGUUAAAAGAAAUGCUCCAAAUGUAGUUAUACCAACUGACACAAGGGAAAGCACUUCUUCUGAAUUUUACGAUGUAGAUAAAGAUAAAAUCGUUAAAACAAGUAACAUAAAUAAAUCAUUUUCUGAAUUCAAGAUGAAAGAUAUGGAAAAUAGUUCCAAAGUUCAGAAAGGUGACCCGCAUGCUGGAUUCAGGGGAAAGAAAAUACGGAAACAAAGAAAUCGCUCAAAUUCUUCGGACAGAGUUAAUUCAAAAUCGAAAAAAGUAACUCGACCAUUUUCUGCAGAUUAUAACCAGUAUAAGAGAAACCAAUUAAGUUCUAAAGAUGGGAGAAAAGCGCGACCAAAGACAACAAAAGGUCGUAAAAUGAAUAACAGGACGUCCUCGCCAAAAGGUCAAAGGCCAAGGUCACCACACAGUUAUUCAUCUGAUACUUACUCAUCAGAUGAUGAAUAUAUUAAAAAAGAAAGAUAUAGGUCAAGGUCAAGGUCUAGAAGUCCAGAAAACAAAAAAGACAAUAAUGAUUCUGAUAGUUUCUUUGAUUCAGAUAAAGAUACCAGUAAAAAGAAAAAAUCAGAUAAUUCAAAUGAUUCUGACAGAAACAGGGGUAGAAGAGAAAAUGACAGAAGAAGCAGAAGUAAAAGUAGAAGUAAAAGCAGAAGUAAAAGCAGGAGUAAAAGCAGAAGUAAAAGCAGAAGUAAAAGCAGAAGUAGAAGCAGAAGCAGCAGUAGAAGCAGCUCAAGUAGUUCAUCAAACUCAUCCUCGGAUAAUGAAAGGUCAAGGGGAAAGAAAAAACAAGUAAAUGGUUUUAAACCUAGAAAAAUUGAAAAGAAAAUUAAGAAAACUGUGCAUGCUGAUAAAAAUGGUAAACAGAGGAUAAAAUCUGACUCUGAGAGUUCUGAUUAUCAGCGAAUGGUAGUGGUUGAUGAUUAUUCAUCAACUAUGAGUUCUUCAGAGGAUGAAAGUAAAAAAAGUGAGCCUGUAAAAAAUGUUUCAAGACCGCCUAAACCAGCAAAAAAGUCAAAACCACUGUUGUCUAGGAAGAAACAACAAGGUUAUAAAAUCCUUCAAGUUGAUCCAGAUCUAUAUCUUGAAGGGAAACUUCACCAAAAAUAUACAGAAUUAGAAGAACUUAUGGCAUGCUCAUUUGUUGACCAAAAAAGUCAUGUGACCCGUCAUCAUUUAUACCAGAUGGAGCUUCUUAGGGACCAGUACAAGAACGCCAGUCAUGGUAAACAGUCCGCCCAUACAAUUAUUCCACAGAGUCUUCCAGAAGAUAUUAGAAAUCGGUCAUCGAGACCAACGUCAGGGAAACGACCUCCAAGACGACAUGAUAGUGAUCUGGAUUCAGUUAACUAUGAAACUGCCUAUGGAACACUACGCAGUGUUAUGACCGCAGAAAGAGCCAGGAAUACAUACAAGAUUAGGACAGAUAUACAUGCUGAUAGACCAAGCAGUGCCAAACGUGCUGUGAAGAAAAAGGUUAAAGCAAACUACAGACCAGCAAAGUCUGAUACCGAGGAAGAAAUUUCUGAAAAACCAAGUUUUUCAAGCAAGACAGACAGUAGAGCUAGCUCCUCACCUAGAACACCAAGAGCCGGUCCAUCUAUAGAUGACCACAUCAAAUAUUCCAAGAAUGAUAAGCUGAAAAAGUGGCUGAAAGAAAAGGACAAGAUCUAUAGGCAGCAUAUAAAGGAGGAAAAAAGAAAGAAGCGAGAAGAAAGAGAAAAACUUGUUAAUGAAGCCAAUGAAAAGUUUGAAAAUAGAAUGAAGUCACAGAAAGUUGUUAAAAAGUGGAUGAAAGAGAAAAGUAAAGAGUGGAUAAAGAUACAAAAGGAGAAAAGACAGAAGGAAAGGGAAGAAGAUGCAUGGCUCGAGUCUUACAAGAAAACAAAAAGUGUACCUGGAGAUUCCCUGCGAAUCCGUCCUCAGUCUGCUCCAUCUAAAAGGCUAGAUGAUCAAGAUGAUGAAAACCUGAGAGAAAAGAUUCUUUCUCAAAGAGAAAAAGAAGAAGAGGAGAAACAGGCCAAAAUUGCUCAAGAAGGGCCGCAUCCUCCUCAAACAAAAUUUAUUUAUAAAAGACCUGUUGCUGGAAAGAUUAAGCUGAAAUUACAAGUGAGAGGUAAAAGUCCAAGUGUUGCUCAAAAAACUGAAAAUGAUGCAAAAGUGAAUAAAGCUGAAAGUGAAAAAGAAAGAGCAAAACAAAUGAGGCUGUCUUACGAUGAAUGGGUAAAAAGGAAAAGGUCUGAUGAUAUCGUUAAAAAAGAAAAUGCUAAGAGACAAAGAGAACUUGCAAAAUCUGAUCCAGAGCUGGAAAGAAUAAUUCCAGCCCUUGGUAGAAAACGUAUUGAAGAUAAAUUGAAUAUGAGGAAAAAAAUUGACACAGGACUUAAAAAAUUUGAUAACAAAACAAAUAAAUCAUUUGGAGGAGGUGAGUUUGAUGGAGAUGCCAUUGAAAAUGAAAGACCAAGAAGUGCAUAUAGAUUGGAGAGUGAGAGAAAGGAUUCUGGAGAGCCAGCUAUGACAGUGAAGCAACUCCAGAGGCCUUCAACAGCUCCAUCAGGGCGUAGAAAGGUCCCUUCGCCUCAGAAAUCAGCAAAGUCUCCACGCAAGGCAGUCAUUCCUCAGCGGGUAGAUAAAGUUAUGGAUAACGAGGAUGUAAGCAAUCCCUACUCUUUGCCCUUUCCCCCAGACAAAGGAAUUCCACCACAUGUUGCUGCUCGGCAAAGAAAGCUGUUUGCACAGCAGAUAAGUAACAACCUUGAUGAAAUUGAACAAAGAGCCCUGAUGAAUGCAGAGUUGAUUAAAGAAGGUGUUACAGAAGCAGAUAUGGCAGCAAUAGCUCAACUUGAUGAUAAGGCUUUUGAACAGUACAAAGCUGAAAGGAUGAAUCAAGCUAAAGAAUCAGAAGCUGAUAAAGAUGAACGUCCAAAGAUAUCUGAAUUAAUGUAUUCUCCACGUAAACAAGAAGAAUCAUCAGAUUCUUCAUCAGAAGAUAAUGUUAUGGUAGAGACUUAUGAUAAUAGCAACAAUGAUGAAGCCAAACCAACUGAAAGUGAUAAUACAGAAAAAGAAAAUGAUGGAGAAAAGUCUGAAAUGCAAAACCAAAAUGUAAAAAACACACAAGAAGAACAAGUUGUGACAGAUUGUGAUAGUACUGAAAAUAGUCAUAGCCAUUACAAAACUUAUGAUAAUUUAAAUGAGCUAACACUUGACAAAGAAAAUAAAAAUGAUGACAAAAAUGAAGAUCAUUUGAGAGAGGAUAUUGAAAUAUUGAAACAAAGAGUGGAGAAUUUACAUAUGCAUUCUGAACUAUCUAGCACAGCCACUAAUGAUCAGUACACUGUAUAUGACAGUCAGGAAAGUGGCACAAGUGAUAAUGUCGCUGAGACUGUUAACAUUACUGUUGUAACUGAAACUGAAAGUGAUCCUAAUUUGGUUGGUAUUUUGAAAGAAAGUAAGAGAGAAACUAUACCAGUUCCAGAAUUCAGUGAGGAACCUGAAAUCAAGGAAAAUAUUGAAACCGGAGAUGUUUCUGAUCCAGGUGAACCAUCAUCUCCUCCAGAUGAUUUAAGUAAUUCCAGGAAACGUGUUUCAUUUAAUGAGACAACUGAAGUGUUUCAAUCAUUUGAAUCUACGAGCACCGAUACUGUAACACCGGAACAUGAAGAGUUUGAUAUUGAGGCUGCAAGUUUGGAUGCUCAACCAGAUUAUGGUAAUGUUGAUAAUGAUGAUGAUGACGAUACACCAGAUAUUAUAAAAUUGCAAGGUCAGAAAAUGUCUAUAAACAUUGGUGGUUUUGAACUAAACCCUACUGUGAUUGAUUCAGAGGAGAAAAAUGCUGAUGCAGAUAAUGACACCAAGAAAGAUGAAGAAAAUAAAACCACAUUUAUAACCAGUCCAGAGACUGAUGCAUGAUUUUUAGAACUGUUGAACGCAAAAAGUA